AUGCUUAAAAAUAAGCAAGAAGAAAUGUUGGCACAAUUUCAGUCUCGCACUACAAUAUUUAAUCCUGAUAAAUGUAUAAAUAUUCUUGAACAAUUUCGAUGGAAUUGUUUGGAAGCCAUUAAUUAUGUACUUGAAAAUGUUGAUUCUGUUAAACAGAAACCACCGAUUGUCGUUCACAAUGUUAUUCAGUCGUCUCUUGGUUUUGAUCAAUCACUCAUUCCAAAUGACUGUCUAAAUGAAUUGGAAGGUGUUCGUCAUUUUGAAAGAACUUUUCAAGAUCGUCAUGCAGAUGUUAACCGAUGGCCAAUAUGGUUUAAAGCAUCACUUGAAAAUGUUAUUAAUCAAUCACAUGGUCCAUUUGCUAUUUUUCUCAACCAUGAUAAAUCUACUUUUGCUACAACAUUUUCUCGUCAAAUUCUCUGCUCACCAUCUAUUUUAAAUGUUCUUCAUAACUAUAAAUGUAUUCUAUGGCCAUGGGAUAUUACCAAUCCAUUGAAUAAACAACGACUUAUCGAACGAAGUGGACGUGUUCGACAAGUUCUUCUUGAAUGUCUUUCAUAUUUUCAUGAUGUUGACAAUUAUCCAUUAUUACUUUUGCUUAGUAGCCAAAAAGAUCGAAUGAUACUCCUUGAUAUUAUCAAUGGAAAUUGGGAUUUGGAUCAAACACGAGCUUGUCUCGAACGUACAUUAAAUCCAGUUCACGAACAAUGCAUUAUACCAAUCAAUGAAACAACAUCACUAUCACCAGGUUGGGUUGGUGGUCGUACAGCAGGUAAUAUUCACCGUCGUCCUGCCUUCAUAACAACAUUUCGUUUAAGUCGGCCUCUUCGAACUAUUCAACGUCCACAUUAUAUAUCAUUUUAUCAUAAAAACGAAGAUACAAAGCAAAAAGUCGUUACAAUGGAAGAAGUUAAACAAUGGUUAAAUAAAAAAGAUAACACUAUCUGUACCUAUAGUGCUAGUGCAGUGGAAUCUCCUCGAUGUCAUCAAACACUUCCAGCCAAUAUUCAUGUAGAAAUCUCAUCAUCGAAAACGAUCGUUUCUCCUAGUCCAUCGUUAUCUAUUUCGAUGAAAAGUCAGAAUCCAAUUAUAUACAUGUCACGACGUCGAGCUGGAUGGGCUCCAUUAUCCAAUCGUUGA